UAAAAGGUCCACCGGUGGUCCUUUAGUUUUGACCUGCAACUACAGGUUACACCUUUUUUGGCUUUUCUUUUUUAUUUAUUUUUAUUUCAUUCAACUUUAUCUUCUUAUUUGUAUAUCUUUUGUUUUUACAUUUAUGCCCUUAACUCAAAUCUACCCAUUAGAUAUAUCUCACGCUUCACACCAUGCCAUAUGUCAACGUUUAUUGACAGAAAAUCAAAAACGAUCUUCUUCUUCAUAACCAAAAGUAACAGAGUUUCUCUUUGAAGCCUCAGUCGCCGACCUCUUUCAUACCCACUCAACAAAAGUCACAAACCACCGUCGCCAUUUGAAUCUAACUACUGCAACCGAUUUGAACGAGAUGGUGGUAACUGAUGGCUAUAGAUCUAACCACCACAAAUACUGAAAAAGCUUCUUCUACAUAAUUUCACCGCGUUUCACCGCCAACGUUUGCAUAAUUUCGUCGCUUUCUAACAAGAUUUCAUGAAAGGUGAAAAUCGAUUUGAAGGAUAUAACGUAGGGAUUUCUGUAAAUGGGUUAGAAGAUAUGGGUGGUGUUAAUUUCAAGAUGAUAACUGAAGAUGAUAUGAAGAAGUACCAUUUUCCAAACCUUGAGGUGGCUUUUACAUUCUAUAAUUGGUAUGCUAGAAUGAAUGGAUUUUCUGCCCGCAAAAGCAAGGUUAGAAGAAAUAAGCAUAAAGAAGUUGUGCAGCAAAAUUUUGUUUGCUACAGACAAGGGUUUAGAGAAGAUAGGUUUCAGAAUAAUAAAAUUCGUAAACGUGAAGCUAGAGCAGACACACGUUGCGGAUGUGAGGCUAAUUGUGUUGUGCACGUUGAUAAUCACAAUCAACGCUGGUAUAUUAGGUACAUUAACAACGUGCACAAUCACAAUUUUGUUGAACAAGAGUUUAUUUCCUUUCUAUCUGGUCAUAGGGGUAUGGAUGAUGAUGACAUACUCCAAAUGCAUUCUUUUAGGAAGUCUGGCAUUAGAACUUCUCAAAUUUUUGGUUCAUUUGCUGGUCAAGCUGGAGGUUAUCAAAAUCUCACCUUUUCGGUCCAGAACAUGUACAAUGAAGUUGAUAAAGAAAGGCGUAGUAAAGGUACUGAUUCAAGAGCUGCAUUAUCAUAUUUACGCUCUUUGAAGAAUGAUGAUCCAACAUUGUUCUGGAAACAUACUGUUGAUAAAGAAGGAAGAUUGGAACAUUUAUUCUGGUGUGAUGGCAGAAGUCAAAUUGACUAUAAAUUAUUUGGUGAUGUUUUGGCUUUUGAUGCAACAUACAAGAAACAUGUUUACUAUAGGUAA